CUUUUACUAUUUAGCAAUAACUAACCAGUGACAUUUUUCACAAUUUUAAUGGACAUUAAAGAGAGAAAUACUAAUAGAUUUUGUAGCUUGGGUUUUGAUUUUGAACAGUUUGAUGGUUUUCGUACGGCAUUGUAAGAUUUUUAUCCUCUCCUCUGCUAUAUAUACACACUCCUCCGAGUACAUAGCUCCAUGUCUCAGCCUUCAUAGCUAUCAAAAGUGUUACAAGAAAAAGAUAAAAUUUCUGCGAAACCUACAAAUACAUCAAUGGCAGUCUUGUCUAAACCAGCAGCAGAACCAAAAUUUGGGUUUUCUCCAAUCCCGGUUAUAGAUAUCUCUGACCCAGAAUCCAAACAGGCCAUCGUCAAAGCCUGUGAAGACUUUGGGUUCUUCAAGGUGAUCAACCAUGGCGUUUCCUCUGAACUAGUCUCUGUUUUGGAACAAGAGGCCGUCAAGUUCUUCUCAUUGCCCAAGUCCGAGAAAACCCAACUCGCAGGUUAUCCGUUUGGAUAUGGGAGCAGAGAGAUUGGUCGGAAUGGUGACGUGGGUUGGGUUGAGUACUUGCUGAUGAAUGCUAAUCUUGACUUUGGUUCGGUUCCAUUCCCAGGAAUCUUCAGAAACGCAUUGUCAGAGUACACAGCAUCAGUAAGGAAAAUGACAUGCCAUGUUUUGGAGAUGAUUACUGAUGGGUUAGGGAUCAAACAGAGGGACACACUUAGCAAGCUUGUGUGUGAUUCAAACACUGAUUCGAUGUUCAGACUUAAUCACUAUCCACCAUGCCCUCUUAUCAACAAAAACACCAAUGGUGGCAAGAAUGUGAUCGGUUUUGGCGAACACACGGAUCCUCAGAUCAUCUCUGUCUUAAGAUCUAACAACACUUCUGGUCUACAAAUCAGUCUUACUGACAGCUCCUGGAUCUCUGUCCCUUCUGAUCCUUCCUCCUUCUUCUUCAACGUCUGUGACUCUCUCCAGGUGUUGACAAAUGGGAGGUUCAAGAGUGUGAAGCAUAGAGUUUUAGCAAACAGCAGGAAAUCUAGGGUUUCCAUGAUUUACUUCGCUGGACCUUCGUUGACUCAGAGAAUUGCUCCGUUGACUUGUCUCAUAGACAAUGAAGAAGAGAGUUUGUACGAAGAGUUCACUUGGUCUGAGUAUAAAAACUCUGCCGACAACUCUAGAUUGUCUGAUAAUAGGCUUCAACAAUUCAAAAAGAAACCUCUAAACGAUUCUUGAGUUUUUGUUCGUGAUUUGUAGGUUGAAUACAAAUCUAAAAGUGUGCCAUGCAUGAUAUAUAUAAAAUAUAUCUGUAUAUGUGUGUUUGAAGUUAAUGUUGAUCCAAUAAUUGUGAAAAAUGCGACUGUAUUUUUAUUUUAUUUUUGACAAAGGGCUUGACUGUUUUUGUUUUCUACUAUCAAUAUCGCUUUUAUAAGUUAUGGUUACAUCAAGCAUAUAUUUCGUAUU